AAAAUAUUGAAUUUAAAUCUCACUGAAUCUGCCUCUAUAUUAUACCAAAGCCACCAUUCGCAAAAACACACUAAAACCCCCAUGGCAGUUGGUUAUUCUCGCCAAAGCGCAGCGUUUUGGAGCACCCUUCUCAGGUUACAUUGCAUAUUUACACUUUUGCAUACGGUUGUCUCAACACCUCCCGAAGAUCCGGUCAAAUGUGUGUCAGGAAACACGGAUUGUACGGUCAUAAACGCAGCCGGAGUCUUCCCAGACCGGUCCACGUGUCGAGCCGGCAACGUGGCGUACCCAACAACCGAAGCGGAGCUCAUCUCUAUCGUGGCUGCAGCCACUAAAGCCGGACGAAAAAUGCGUGUAACCACUCGGUAUUCACAUAGCAACCCUAAGCUUGUGUGCACGGACGGAAGCGACGGGUUGCUCAUAAGCACAAAACUCCUUAACCACACGGUGCGAGUCGAUGCAAAGGCCAUGACCUUGACCGUUGAGAGCGGUAUGUUGCUUAGGGAGUUAAUAGCUGAAGCGGCUAAAGUUGGUUUGGCUUUGCCUAAUGGACCGUAUUGGUGGGGACUAACCGUGGGAGGUAUGAUGGGAACCGGUGCUCAUGGGAGCACUUUGUGGGGUGAAGGAAGUGCGCUUCAUGAUUAUGUGAGCGACAUAAGGAUGGUUAGUCCUGGUUCGGUCAACGAUGGGUUUGUGAAGGUUAGAGUUUUGAGCGAGACUAGGACUCCUAACGAGUUCAACGCAGCCAAAGUUUCUAUUGGCGUUCUUGGCGUUAUCUCUCAGGUGACUUUCAAAUUGCAACCGAUGUUUAAAAGAUCGAUAACGUAUGUUAUGGGAAAUGAUUCGGAUUUGGGAGAUGAAGCUGAGACUUUUGGGAAGAAACAUGAGUUUGCGGAUAUCACUUGGUUACCGAGCCAAGGCAAAGUGGUGUAUCGCAAGGACGAUCGAGUCGCGGUCAACACGUCCGGUAAUGGUUUGUUUGAUUUAUUUUCAUUACGUUCACAUCUCUCUAAGGAAGGAGCCAUCAGAAAAUCCACAGAGGAGACGCAAGAGGCGUUGAGAGAUGCGGAUGGGAAGUGUGCGACAGCCAAACUAAUGUCAACUUCAGAGCUUGGUACCUCAUACGGUUUGACCAACGACGGCGUUAAAUUUACCGGUUAUCCUGUUACUGGAAGCCAAAAUCGUUUGAUGUCGUCAGGAUCGUGUCUAGACAGUCCUGAAGAUGGGUUAAUCACGGCGUGUCCGUGGGACUCACGUUUAAACCCCAUAAUCGCAUACCAAACAGCUGUGAGUGUUCCCCUCACACAAGUCAAAAGUUUCAUCAACGACAUUAAAUCUCUUGUCAAGAUCGAACCAAGAUCUCUAUGUGGACUUGAGCUCUUCGGCGGUAUUCAAAUGCGUUAUGUCACAUCCUCUCCGGCUUAUCUCGGGAAAGAAGCAGAAGCUAUAGCAUUUGACAUAACUUACUACCGAGCCAGUAACCCAUUAACACCGCGGCUUUACGAAGAUUUCAUCGAGGAAAUCGAACAAAUUGCGUUGUUCAAGUAUAACUCAUUGCCACAUUGGGGUAAGAACAGAAACUUAGUAUUUGAUGGAGUGAUUAAAAAGUACAAGAACGCAGAUGCAUUCUUGAAAGUAAAGGAACGUUAUGAUCCGACCGGUUUAUUCUCGAGCGAAUGGACCGAUCAGAUCCUAGGGAUUAAAGGACACACGACAAUAAUAAAAGAUGGCUGUGCAUUGGAGGGUUUGUGUAUAUGUUCGGAGGAUGCUCAUUGUGCUCCGGCCAAAGGAUAUGUGUGUCGACCAGGAAAAAUCUAUAAAGAAGCUAGAGUUUGUACAUAUGCCAACGGCAUAAGUGUGAUUUAAUCUCUUCUUAUGUUAAAAUGCCAUCGUCUUCAUGUGUGGGUGAAUGUUGUUGUCAUAAUAAUAAUGCGAGGGAAUGAUUUUAAUGAAAAUGACAAAUUUUAUGUUAUUCAAUAUUGUUUCUAUUUCAAAA